AUGCAGGGGAUGUUCAAGAGAGCCUCAAAGGUAUUGCAGCAAACCCGUGUCCUCCUGUGGAAAAAUAUUCUCCUGGUGUGGCGGAUGAAGACAGAAAGUUUUCAGGAAUGGGUCUCGUCAGUGUUUUUUUUCUUAAUAAUGACAACAUAUAUGUCACCCGAUUAUCAGUGGCAGGAAAGUCCUCUUGACUUCCUCGGGCGAUUGGAUGAUCCAGCCUUUAAUGCUACGGGAGUCAAGCUGGUCUACACGCCGGUGACCAACACCACCAGGAGACUGAUGAGAAAAGUGUCUUCAGACUCUGUGCUGACGGGUGUAAUUAUAGAAGAGGUGGAAAAUGAGGAAGAAGUGGAAGGAGCAUCUUUGGAGGAAGAUGUUAUCGGUGUCGUUUUUAAGGAUGACUUCUCCUACUCCCUGAGAUUUGAAAGCAACAGGGUGAUGUUUCCAGAUGAUGCUUUCGAACACAUCGAUAUCUGCCUAAAUUACUCCUCAGAUGACUGCAAAUCUCCUCUGUACUGGCAUGCAGGUUUCCUAUCGGUGCAGUCCAGCAUUGAUGCAGCAGUGAUAGAAAUGAAAACAAACCAUUCGGUCUGGGAAGAGAUGAAGUCCCUUAGCGCCAUCCGUCUGAAAUCGCCCUUGAUCAAACCUGUGUCUAAACUGGAUCAUAUUUAUUUCGUUAUUUCUGUUGAAUUGUGCUUCUCCCCGUUCAUGUACUUUUUGUCGGUGAGAGUUCUAAGAGAGAAAAAGAAGCUCAAGGUAUUAAUGAAAGCAAUGGGUUUGCAAGACACCGCGUUCUGGUUAUCCUGGAGCUUGCUGUACACCAUCUACAUUUCAGUAAUGUCAAGUCUGCUGGCAUUGAUGACGAUUGAAGGGGUCACUCAUGAUCGCAAAUUUUUUGAAAUAUAUUUUUCUUAUUUCUUCUAUGGCAUAGCAUCUAUUCACUUCUGGUUCGUACUCAUCUCCUUAUUAAAGAAGCCAAAUAUUGCCAGUUUUGUGGGGUUUUUCCUUCAUGCCAUCAGUGGGUUGCUGAGCCCUUUGACAUUGUUUGAAAAGCUACCACCAUCUUUGCAUUGGAUUUUUAAUCUCUUCAGUCCUUUUGCCUUCACAGCUGGCAUCUCAAAGAUAAUAAAACUGGAAAAAUACGGAGCAGCCUUUACACCAGAACCGAACCCUUUCUUUAACCUCUACGCCAUACUGAGCCUUGAUAGUGUCUUGUAUUUGCUCUUGGCCAUCUACUUUGAUAAGAUUCUGCCUGGCAAGUACGGAGUUCCGUACCCACCCUCCUUCUUCCUGAGACCGUCGUACUGGUUGAAGCCCAGGGGUGGGUACGUGGGUGUGCGAGCUGGUGGUGAUCCUACCCACAGCCAUAACACCGAGCCGAUGCCUCCAGGCUUUGAUGGGAAGGAAGCAAUCAGACUAAACAGUAUUAAAAAAAUAUACAAGAAGAAGGACAAGAGAACUGAAGCUUUAAGUGGUUUGUCCUUAAGUAUAUACGAAGGCCAGAUCACUGCAUUACUCGGUCACAGUGGAUCUGGAAAAACUACUCUUUUGAAUGUGCUCAGUGGAUUUUCCAAGCCUUCAGCUGGUUCUGCAACGAUAUACAACUACAAAGUUUCUGAAGUACAGGAUAUGGAAGGAAUUCAGGCAAUGAUUGGGGUUUGCCCCCAGUUAAAUUUGCAUUUUGAAGCCUUAACAGUGAAGGAAAACCUGAUAACUUUUGCUCACAUCAAGGGGAUUCAACGGAAAGAAGUAGAGCAAGAGGUGCAGAAAGUUCUCACGACGCUGGACCUCACCGACCUUCAGGACGUUCGCGCCAAUGCUCUGAGUGGGGCACAAAAAAGAAAAUUGUCUCUUGGAAUUGCAAUUUUAGGGAAUCCCCAGGUGUUGCUUUUAGAUGAGCCGACGGCUGGGUUGGAUCCCUGCUCCAGGCACCACGUGUGGAGCCUUCUGAAGGAACGCCAGGCUGGACGUGUGACGCUCUUCACCACCCAGUCCAUGCAGGAGGCCGAUGCUCAUGCUGAUCGGAAAGCUUUCCUCUCAAAUGGGAGAUUACAGUGUGUUGGCUCAUCUGUCUACUUGAAGAGAAAAUGGGGAAUUGGCUAUCACUUAAGGAUGUGCAUAAAUGACCUGUGUGACCCUGAGCUUGCAUCAUCCCUGGUCAGACAGUACGUCCCCGAUGCUGCGCUCAAGGGACAGAAGCAGGGUGAGCUGUGUUACUCACUGCCUCUGGAAAACACCGAGAGCUUCCCAGAUCUGUUCAGCCAUCUCGAGAGCAGUCUUUUGCAGGGGGUUGUUAAUUAUGAAGUUGGCAGGACAACCCUGGAAGAUGUUUUCCUGAAGCUGCAGGGUGAGGAAGCCGGCGAUCCAGAAGAAGAUAGAGACCUUGAGGAGAAGGACUGGAGCUUUCCAGGCUUGUCCGAAGAGGGGAAGGUGGCAGCGAGCGGGAUGGCUCUCUGGAGGCAGCAAGUGUGUGCCAUAAUGAGAGUUCGCUUCUUAAAACUAAAGCACGACGGAAAAUUUCUCAGGUCCAUGCUGCUGUUCUUUGGAAUAUUUAUCCUUCCAGUGCUGGUGAUUCUCCUUGUAAUACAACUGUUGGACAGCUUUAAGGACUUUGAAAUCAGGGCUAGCAAGUAUUUUCUCCCCACUGAAGAGAAAAUUCAAAACAAGUCAACAAAUCUUCUCAUCCUCAAUGACACAGGAUCACAAAUUGAAGAUUUCAUUGCUGCUUUGAAGACUCAGAACAUAAUCCCAGAAAUAAGUCUUGAGGAAAACAUCACAAGCAUUCCACUGCAUAACGGAGCUAUAAAAAUAUCCCUGGAAGGCAAGAGCUACCGAUUCACGGUCAUGUGUGGCAUCGAACCCAUCAACUGUUUCCCCGUGCUCGUGAACAUCCUCAGCAACACCUUCCUAAGGCUCUUCAACUCCACUGCCCGCAUCCGUAUCUGGAGCGACCCCUUUUACAACACAGAAAUCUCAGAAGUAGAGAACGAUGUGUUUUUCUUCUGUCUCAGCUACAUGCUGACCCUGGCUGCUGGUUUGCCUCCUCACUUUGCAGUGAGCAGCAUGGAGGAUUACAAGCUCCAGGCUCGUGCCCAGCUGCGGCUCGCGGGGCUCUUCCCCUCGGCGUACUGGUGUGGGCAGGUGCUGGUGGACGUCCCGCUCUUCUGGAUCCUGAUGUGCCUGAUGUUCGGGGUUGUGCUACUCGUGAGCGGCGUCUGCCCCUUGCAAGCCAGCUCCAUUGUGCUCUUGAUCGUUUGCGUCAUCGGUUAUGGGGUAUCUCUUGUUCUCCUCGUCUAUUUAAUUACCUUUAAAUUUCGCACGGGGCGAAGCAAUCGUUACAUUUGGUCUCUCAUCUUCAUUCUGGUGAAUUUAAUUCUCUAUAUGCACAGUGACCUACAUGACGCGCUUUGCUUCACCUUCUCUAUUUUGUUUCCUGUGUUUCCACUGCUGGGCUGGCUGAUCUUCACUACACCACAUUCAUCCUGGUUUACCUAUAUCGGACUUCUUGAGUCAUGGAAUCACAUCUUCGUGGCUGUCUUUGCACCUUUCAUCCAUUGUGUGAUUUUCGCUUUCAUCCUGCGCUGUUUGGAGAUGAGAUAUGGAGAAGCAGUUCUGAACCUUGAUCCCAUCUUCAGGAUCCAGCAGAGGAGAGCGGUCGCCCACCAGAACAGGGACCACCCAGGGGAAGAGUCCCCAGAGGUCCAGGCAGAAAGGGAGCGGACGAGGAGCGUGAUUGCAUCCCUGCAGCAGGAGGAGUCAGUUAUAGUCGUCAACUGUUUGCGCAAGGAAUAUGAAGACAAGAAAGCCAGUUCCAUCUUUAAGAAAAAGAAGAAAACUGCUAUCAAAAACCUCUCAUUUAGUGUUAAAAAAGGAGAAGUAUUAGGUCUGCUAGGAUCCAACGGAGCUGGAAAAACCACGACCAUACACAUGAUUUCUGGAGACAUCACGGCGACAGCUGGUGAGGUGCUGCUCAGGGGCAGCGAUGGAGCCGGGUGCUGCCCCCAGCGCAACCCGCUCUGGCCGGACCUUGGGGUGCAGCAACAUCUGGAGGCGUACGCUGCCGUGAGAGGGAUGAGCAAAGGGGAUGCUGCUGUUGUCAUCAGCCGCAUAGCAAAGGCCUUGGAUCUCCAGAAGCAUUUAAAAACCCCAGCUAGGAGGUUAUCUGCUGGAGAAGCCAGAAAGCUGUGCUUUGCCCUGAGUGUCCUGGGAGCUCCAACGGUGAUGCUUUGGGACGAGCCGUCGGUGGGCAUGGACCUGAAAGGGCAGCGCCAGAUGUGGUGAGCAGCCCCGCCAGAGAAAGUGGUUCGGGCUGCCCUGAAAAGCAAGGAGCGGGCAGCCGUGCUCAGCACGCGGGACCUGGAGGAGGCGGCGGCGGUGUGUGGCCGGGUGGCCGUCCUGUCCGCGGGGCAGCUACGGUACAUUGGUUCCCUUGAGGAUCUGAAAAGUAAGUUGGGCACAAGUUACCACCUAGAAGUCAAAGUGAUGGAUGUGGGCCAGAGCGAUGCUCUCCACGCUGAAAUUUUGUGCCUCUUCCCCCACGCAGCUCGGCAGCAAAGGACUUCUUCUUUGCUCAUCUACAAGAUACCGAUGGAGGAUGCGCUGCCUCUGUCCCAGUCUUUCUCCAAGCUAGAAGCAGCUAAACAGAAUUUUGGGCUUGAGGAGUACAGCUUGUCGCUGCACACUUUGCAACAGGGACUUCUGGACUUGGAGGAGCAUGACCUGGACACAGCAUCCGACGGGGCCAUGGAGCAGAGACUGUUUCAGCCCUGA